CCCUCUUCGCAAAACCUCCCACUCACACCUUUCCCUCUCGAUUCCCACGCCGUACACCUCUCAAUUCUCCUUUGAAUCCUCUCUGCUCUCCACGCGCCGCCACCAUCACCCACUCCCACUCUCCAUGUCGCCGGUCGGCGACCUCUGCACCUGCCCCGCCGGCGAGAACGCCCGCUCCAACGGCGAGAACGCCGAAGAUCUGGUGUGCGAGCAUUGCCGGAAAUCCGAUCCCUCUCCGUCGUCGUUUUGCUACUCCUCUUCGCCCAAAUACGCCCCGGUUCCGUUGAGCGACUCCGAGAAGCUGCGGCGCGUCGUGACUGCUUCGGUUAAGGGAUUCACCAUCGGCGCCGGCCUCAAAGGCGGCCUCGCCGUCUUCUCCAUCCUAGCUCGACUGAAAAAGCGAAAGCUGCUGGCCUCUCUCAGGAGCGAGGGUGCGAUUACAAAUAAUGAAGCCAUUAUUUCGGCUUUGAAGGAGACUUUGAGAUACGGUCUGUUUCUUGGGACUUUUGCAGGCACAUUUGUGUCUGUGGAUGAGAUUAUUGGCUCUUUGGGAGGCCACCGUAGGACAGCCAAGUGGAGGGCUUUGGCGGCAGGGCUUAUAGCAGGGCCGUCUAUGCUGCUUACGGGGCAUAACACGCAGCAUAUGAGCUUGGCCAUUUACAUACUUAUGCGUGCUGCUGUGUUGGCCACACGAUGUGGGAUUAAAAGCAAACGGUUUGGUCAUGUUUGUAAACCUCUCACUUGGAAGCAUGGUGACAUUUUCCUUAUGUGUCUAUCCUCUUCGCAAAUUCUGUCUGCUUACAUAUUGAAGCAGGAGAGUUUGCCUCCAUCAUAUAAAUCUUUUCUUAAGACACAUGGGGGAAAAGAUAUGUCAAUCUUGCAAGGUGUCAAGGAGAUUGCAACUGGCUUACCAUUUACUAAUUUGGAAGCUAUAGAAAGAUACUACAAAUCUGUGGGAAAAAAUAUUAAAUUAGAUCCAACUAUGCAAGUUCCCUGCACGAUUGUGCAUGGAGAUCAGUCAUGUAGCGGCCAUAUUUUUUCUUUUUUAAUUCAAGCCUAUAAGAGAGCUUUACCUGUUUAUCUACCUGUAUAUCUGAUUCCAGCCCUUAUAGUUCAUCGGCAAGAUCUCUUGAAAAGGCAUUACACUAUACUACUAAAGGGUCUUCUCGGCACUACAAGAUCAAGCUUGUUUCUUUCUGUAUAUUGCGCGUCUGCCUGGAUGUGGACAUGCUUUCUUUUUAAAAUUUUCAGGACAUGUAAUGUUCCAAUGGUGGUAAUGGGGACGUUUCCAACUGGCCUGGCCUUGGCAAUUGAGAAGAAAAGCAGGCGUAUUGAGAUAUCACUCUACUGUCUCGCUCGAGCAAUUGAGAGCUUUUUCACAUGCUUGGCUGAUACUGGAUACUUGCCGCCACAAUCAAAAAAAUUGAAGAGAGCUGAUGUGGUGGUCUUCAGCUUAUCGACAGCCAUCAUAAUGCAUUGCUAUGCAGAGGAGCGUGAAGUAUUCAAAUCCAAAUACUUGAAUGUUCUUGACUGGGUUUUCGGUGUCCCACCUCCACCUUGUGAAACCCCUCGCUGCAAAAAGAGCUAGGUAGCACCACCGUUUUUUUUGCUCCGGAUAGAAAUUAAAAGUUAUCCAUUUUAUUUCCUUCGAAAUUUAAUUUGGAGGAAAUUGUAUAAUUUUGUACCAUAUUUAUCCUAUUCGUACUUCAUAGUUCGUACUACCAUUGGUAGGGCUUCAGUAUGUGCCCUGGACAUGGACUAAUCAUUUAAAUUAUUAUUGUUAUAGAAGUGAUUACA